UACACACAGAGACGUCACUGUCACGUGCGCACUGGCUCCACCUCCCGGCAUGCACGCUGACGUUCCGGGAGGCGAGGUGGGGGUGGGGACGAUACCGCAUGGAGCCGUUCGCGAUCAUUGCCGUCUCCCUGCUCCUUGGGGCGCUCAUUUACUUCAUCUCGGCGGCGGUGACCGGAUCGCGAAAGAGUUUACCGCAGGAAGGCAGCAUCGUUGAGGAGGACAGUAAAGUCAGUAAUGGAGUGAGUGACAAAAACACAGCAUCAAAGAAGCAGAAAUUACAGCGUCCACGUAAAGAAAAAUUGCAGCAACAUGUGUUUUCCCACCCAUUGUUGGCUACUUCAUUAAAGGUGUGACAAUAAUAGCCCCUUGUGAUCUGGACACGGUAUUCGUGUGAUCCGCAUGUGUACUUCUUCAAAUUAUCCGAAGGUGAAGCAAGUGAACACUUGGUGCUACACAAAAAAUGAGCUGCUUUAUUUCACAAGUCACAGUGGGAAUGUCAGCUGCUUGGAUUUCAGUAGCAAUGGAAAGUACUUGGCUUCCUGUGCUGAUGACCGUACAGUGCGAAUUUGGAGUACAAAAGAUUUUCUUGAGCAUGAACAUCGUUGCGUCCGAACUAAUGUUGAGCUUGACCAUGCCACACAUGUGCGCUUCAGCCCUGACUCCAGAGCUUUCAUCACAUGGCUGGCAAAUGAAGAAACAAUCCGUGUUUUUAAAAUGAUCAAAAAGGACGAUGGUACAUUCACAUUCACUGCUGCACCUGAAGACUUCCCGAAGAAGCACAAAGCUCCAAUUGUGAACAUCGGAAUUGCCGAAACAGGAAAAUUCAUUAUGUCUGCAUCGAAUGACACUACCAUUCUGAUUUGGGACUUGAAAGGAGAGGUUCUGGCUACAAUUAACACUAACCAGAUGAACAAUGCAUAUGCUACAGUGUCUCCUUGUGGAAGGUUUGUGGCUUCAUGUGGCUUUACACCAGAUGUGAAAGUUUGGGAAGUGUGUUUUACUAAAUCAGGCUCAUUCCGGGAGGUAAUGAGGGCCUUUGACCUAAAGGGUCAUUCAGCUGGCAUAUACUCAUUUGCGUUCUCCAAUGACUCCACGAGAAUGGCGACAGUUUCUAAGGAUGGCACCUGGAAGCUCUGGGACACUGAUGUCCAGUACAAACAGCAGCAGGACCCCUAUUUGCUGUACACAAUGAAGUAUGAAGUCUCUGAUCCCUGCCGAAUUGCGCUUUCUCCUGAUGCCAGGGUGGUUGCUAUUUCCUGUGGCUUCAACAUUACAGUGCACAAUGCCAAAACGGGCAAACAGGAGGAAGAGAUUUUAAACGUGCAUGGGGAGGAAAUUACUGGCUUGGCAUUUGACGUUAGCAGUAGAUUUUUAGUUUCGUGUGGUGAUCGUGCAAUCCGAGUCUUCCACAAUGUGGUGGGCUACCGUGCGGUUAUUGAAGAGAUGGAAGUCAGGCUAAAGAAAGCAACAAAUGAAGCAAUGCGAGAAAGAGUACAGCAACAGAUCAGUGAUGCUCAGAAGGCAUUAGAGGCAGUAUGCAUAAGGAAAGAGUAAAACCACAACAAAUCAGCAUUGAUUUUGAAUUUGUCUUUCUGGACCUCCUCUGUAAACUCUGAGGAAUGUUUGAGAUUUCACUUUAACUGUAUACUGUUUGUCCACAAAAUAAACAUGAUAGCCCUUACAGUUAUGGUUCCAACCAUCACUAAAAGUCAUUUUCAAGUGUAAGUGGACUGAAACUCUUUUGUUUGGAGCAGAAUUUCUGCAAAUGAAGAAAAUACAAAUUUUUGACCAGUA